GCGAGGGUAAGGGGCGGGGUAAGGAGCGGAAGCGAAGCUUAGAGCGAGCCCCAAGCGAAAAACAGGGGUGGGGACAGGGGAAGGGCCAAGUCGAGGAGAAGAUCCGGGAAGACCAGAAGAAGCGGGGGACCGGGUGCCGAACCCAAGGCCUGUGCAGGAUCAAAGCAGGAAGAAAGCUAGCAGCCGAGAAGGGGCAGUGCGAACAGAGGAGGGGAGGAGCAAGAAAUAGGGGCAGAGCAAAGGGCAGGUGCAAGGUGGUGACCAGGGGGAGGAGCAGGAGGAGGGGCGCGACCAAAGCGAGGAACCGAGACGGGGCGAAGAGCAGGAGCAGAGCAAAGAGUAAGGUGGCAGGGUUCAGGAGCGAGGUGACGAGGCGGGGCGAAACGAGAAGCAGGAGCAGGGGUGUGUCCAGGAGCAUCGGUAGGGGCGGGGAUCGGAGUAGCAGCCGGGGUGGGAUCCGGAGUAAGAGUAGGGGCGUGGCCCGGGGCAGGUGCAAGGGCUGGAGCCGGGGCGGAGCCCGGAGCAAGAACAGAGGAGGAGCCCAGAGCAAAAGCGGAGGCGGAGCCCGGAGCAAGAGCAGAGGCGGAGCCCGGAGCAAGAGCAGAGGCGGAGCCCGGAGCAAGAGCGGGGUCAGGAGUAGGGGCGGGGCGUCCUCUCUGACAGCGGCUCCGGAGCGCCGUUUUGCAGGCAGGCGUUGACCCCCAGGUUCUCCAGGUGCCGGCCAGGUUGCUCCCUGCCCGGCGAUGUCCCCCAGGGUCCCUGCGGGGCGGAUACCUCCAGUGUUGCAGGUGCUGCAGGCACUCCUGACGAUGUUAUUGGCGCCAUGGAGGCUGUGGGCGUUAGAUGACGAGUGCACCUGGCAGUUUGUCUUGAACCAGUUCGAUAGGGUAGGGCAGAACAGUGCGAGCGACCGCUUCUUUCAUCAAGAACCCGUGGACACAGUGGAGAGCGUGUUCAGAACGCUGGUGGACGAGCCAAUCGACUUGGAGGAGAAAUACCUGGGCUUCCCUUAUUUCCUGAAGAUCAACUACUCCUGCGAGGGAGCGCCCUCUGAGGCCCUGAUCCGUAAGGGCCACCUGACGGGGCUAAAGCCGGUGGUGCUGGUCACCUUCCAUUCUCCAGUCAACUUCCGCCGAUGGAAGAUAGAGCAGCUACAGAUCCAGAUGGAAGCAGCUCCCUUCCGCAGCAAAGAAGCCUGCAGUGCAGAGGAGGUGUGUUCCAUGGGCUGGUACACCCCCAUGCCCAUCAAGAACGGCAGCGUGGUCAUGCAUGUGGAUAUCAGCAGCAAUGGCUUGGGGCCCAUCAUCCCCAGGAAAAGGUUCUACUUGAAUAUCAACGGCUUCCUGAAGAUGCAGCAAGACAACACAAUCCGGUUCACUGUGGGGAAUGAGCUCCUCAGCCUGAUACCCCGGUACUUUGUGAAUGCCCCUUCACGGCCUCUGUGGUACACUGUGGACCAGGCACCUGUACUCCUCCUGGGUGGCAUUCCCAAUGAAAAGUCUGUCCUGCUGACGGACACCAGCUUCGAGGACUUCUAUAUUGUGGAGUUGAACAUUGACAGUUGCUGGGUAGGCUCCUUCUACUGCCCCCAGACCAGCUUUACAGCCACGAUCCACGACGCCAUUGCCACCGAGAGCACCCUCUUCAUUCGACAGAACCAGCUCGUCUACUAUUUUACAGGCACCUAUUCCAUACUCCAGGAGAACACCAGCAGUGGCAGCUGGGUUCGUGUCCUGGCCAAUGAGUGCAUCAAGAAGUUGUGCCCCGUGGAGUUACAUAGCAAUGGCUCUGAGUAUGUGAUGGCCCUCACCACUGGCAAGAACGAGGGUUAUGUCCACUUUGGGACCAUUACAGACGGCCGCGUGUCCUUUGAGAUGCUGCCCAGGCAGUGGUCCGUGUGCAAAGGGAUACAAGAAGCCAACUGCUCCAUCAUCUGGGCCGUAUUCAGCGGGGCCGACAUCAACGAUCUGCUGCUGCUGGUGGAGAGAAGAGACCCUCCUGCCAGGAAGCGUUCCCUAGUGGUUGGCUACAACCUGGUCACAGAAGAGCUGUCCAUCCUCUAUGAGAUCCCAGAAUUCAUCCCUGACGCCCGAGGCCUGGAAUUCCUGAUGCUCCAAAGAGCAGAGCCUUACACCAGCACCCCACUGGUGCCCAAGGGCAUGUUCUACAACCCAUACAACAAACUGCUGUUCAUCUGGGGCAACUUCCUCCUGCAGAGCUAUGACCUUGAAAAUUACAUCUACCUGGCGGACUUCCCCAAGGAGUCAACCAUCAAAUACCUGGUCAACUCGUUCCGUGGGGACCUGGCUAUUGUCACAGAGACCGAGGAGAUUUGGUACCUCCUGGAGGGCAGCUACCAGGUGUACAAGCUGUUCCCGUCCGCCGGCUGGGAGGUGCUCAUCAGCCUGCAGGCGAUGCACCAGUCAUCACUGUACACCUCCAGUGAGACCAUGGUCACCCUCUUCUACGAGCACAGCAAACUGUACCAGCUGGUGUACCUCAUGAAAGGCCCGGAGAGUCGGCUGGUCAAGAGGCUUGUGCCCGUGGAGCAGCUUCUGGUCUACCUGAAGCUCAACAACAGCCAUGUCUUGGAGCGCCAAGGGAACUACCUGGCGCCCACCUUCACCAGCUUCUGCCCCUUUACGGUGAUGCGUCUCCAGGACCUGCCCAACCCGCAGAGAUACACGCGCCAGGAACGCUAUCGGGCUUUGCCGCCGCGCGUCUUGGAGAGCUCGGGCUUCCACAGUGAGAACUCGCUCGCCAUCUACCAGGGCCUCGUCUACUACCUGCUCUGGCUGCACUCCAAGUACGACAAGCCGUAUGCGGACCCGGUGCACGACCCCACCUGGCGCUGGUGGAAGAACAAGAAACAAGACCAGAGUUACUACUUCUACCUGGCGAGCAACCGGCAGAGCACAGGCGGCGUGUACAUUGAGAUGGACAGCUACGAAAAGAUCUACAACCUCCAGCCCGAGGCGGAGCUGCCCGAGCGCAUCUUCCUAGACAAGGGCGCCACCUACAGUUUCUCGGUCUUCCUUACCGCCCGGGGGCAAGCCUUCAGGAUCAAGCCGGCCUUGGGCUCCCCCUUCUUUCUGGAGAGCCAGUUGGGCCUGGGCGUGGUGCUGGCCGACCCUAACUGCCUCGAGGUGAUGGUGUCACAGAGCGUCCUUAUUAAUCGCAACUCCUUGUUCUUCGAGGUCAUGCUCAAAGAUAAGAGCGUCUGCUUUGACCAGGGCAUCAGUGGGCAUCACCUCAAGAGGACCUCGGUGCUGGUCAGGGUGCGGCCCAAGGCUGGAGGGGCAGGCCCCCCAAUGAGCGGAAAGAUGGGGCCUCCGGGGACCACCAGCCUCCUCUGCUCCUCCCUGCAGGUGGUGGGCUCUGCCGGGCACUGUUUCCAGAACACUCACCAGGGGCAGCGCGUGCAAGGCAACGUGAUGGUGCCAGUGCUUAUCGGCUGCCCCCCGGGCAAGCGCCUGGCCUUCGACAUCACCUUCACACUCAACUACAACCGCGUGGUGAAUAAGCGCUACUUCGACUGCGUGCAGGUGGACCCGGAGAUGCCCUGCUUUCUCUUCCGUGACAUCUUGUACCCCUUCUUCUUGAUCCAAGAUUUGGUGACGGGAGACUCCGGCAGCUUUCAGGGCAGAUACGUGCUGAAGGUGGUGGGCGGUGGGCCCACCCUGGACACCAUCAGAGACUACACAGAGGAGGAAAUCUACCGCUACAACAACCCGCUUGACAAGACACACAGCCUCAUCUGGACCGCGAAGAACAGGACAACCAUGGAAGACUUGGCCUUCAACCUCAUGCCCGGCCAGCGAUUGGGCAUUGAGUGGCUGUGUCUGGAGAACUCCCCAUGCCAUGACACUGUUCCUCGGAGCAUCUUCGCCCCCGAAUUCUUCUUCAAGGUGUUGGUGAGCAAUAGAGGUGUGGACAAGAGCACAUACUGCGACUACCAGCUCGUCUUCCUGCUGCACAUCCACGGGCUCCCGCUCAGUGCCAGGCAGUCAUUCUUCUUCCUCAUGGUGUCGGCCAGCAUCUUCGUGGGCCUGGUGGCCCUCUACCUCAUGAUCUGCUUCCUGUGGCCCUUCGUGGUGAAGGCCUGCAAUGUCCUCCGCUGGAAGAUCAACAACAUCAUGGCCCAAGAAUCCUACUGCAGCUACACCUCGUCUUCGAGAGUCUUCAGCGUGCCAUCCAACAUCCCCUCCAGGGUCCUCUCCAAUGCCCCCUCCAAGGCCCCCUCCAACAUCCCCUCCAAGGCCCCCUCCAAGGUCCCCUCCGAGGUCCCCUCCAAGGCCGGCUGUAAGGUGGCCGAGAAGGGCAAGGUUGAACCUGAGCAAACCUGAGCCUCUUGCCUGCCCUGCCCCCUACCCACUCAAGCCUCAUGCUCAGGUCUGGCCACCUCCUGGGCCAACCUUGGGAGUGAACAAACCUGUCACCCAUCCCAGGCCUUCCUCUCCACUUUGCUUGAACUUUCACUUCUUGUUCCGACCCAAAUAAAGCCUCGUUUUGGGAACAGCUGUGGGUCCUUGUAAGGGCCCAGGUUCACUUGGUUCAUAGCUGCACAGGUCAUUAAAGUACCAAAAGUCUUCUGUGCCAGCUGGUAAAUGGUGGCUUCUCUGUGUGCCUGCCAGCUUAGUCCCUCCCUGGGUGCCCCAGGCCUCCCUGCAGUUCAGCAGGGUCCUCCAGGACCCAGGUGCGUUGCUGUGACCUGCAGUCUAUUCUGACUGUUAAAUGGUGUGAACGCCAACCCCUGUCUAGUGGCUUAAGGAAAGGACCCUGAAGAGGUCCAGAUUCUUGUUUUAGCUGCAAGUAGCAAAAAUUUCACUCAAAAGGCCAAUGUGGAAAUGGAAAUGUAUGAGCCUUGCUAAUGAAGCAAAGGUUUCAGGUACAGUUUGAUUCAGAAGUCCUUGAUGUCAGCAGGAUUCUGGCUCUGUUUCUCUGUAGCUCUCCAUGUUCUGCCUUCCUCUGAGUGUGAUCUCUGAGCUCAGGCCAGCUUUCCUCACAGUCUGGCCCAGGAUCCAGCAUUCCUAGCCAGAGUCCUGGGGGUCACCCUGAUUAGAUGGGUGUGGGUCACAGGUUCACCACUCCACCGGUCACACUGCCAGAGGGAUGGGACCUUGAUUGACUUCAACCAGUCAGCCAGACUCUGGAGCUGGGGUAGAGUCAAUCCCAUCCUAA